GGAGGAGCGGAGCCGGAGUUAAAGUAGCCGCGCACGGUGCGCGCGUGAGAUACACGGGCCAAAGCUUUUUCGUUCGGGCAUCUCCGGGUCUCGGGGCUGGGAGCGUCUCUCUCUCUCUCUCUCGGCACUGUCAACUUCUGCACGGCUCCUCUGAAGGACAGACACGGGGCGCCAGCGACGUAAAACACCGACGCCGGAGAAGAUGCUGGCGUAGUUUGUGCCGCGCAGUUAAACAGCAGAAGGUGUAGUAGUGAAUGAGGAGCGCGCGCGCAUCCGAGCGACGGAGCAGCACAAGGACGCGCGCAGAGGCUUAGGGAGCACUUCGGGAGGAACACCUGGCUAUACUCAAAAGAUCUCAUUAGACUGUGAUGAGCGUCAUCAUCUUCCACAGACUCAAGGCAGUGCCACAUUGGCUCUAAAAGGAAGUGAUGUCGCGUCACCACCACCGGUUCGAGAGGGACUACCGGGGCGCGUGGGAGCGUCGCGACCGGCCUGCACCCCUCCACAACGGAGUGACCAAUAACACCUGUAACCCCGCCGGCCCUACACUUGCUAAUGGAAACAACCGGCCUGGGCUCCUUCCUCUUCCUGUUAUCCCCUCCCUCCUACCCACUCCAGUCACUAUAGCUGUGACGACGAGCAGUACCGAGCUGGGCGCCAAACGUGCAGGGGCGCCGGUUUCAGCCCCCACGGUGAAGCCUGCAGGCCUUUCUCCUGGUGAGAAUCAGACUCCUGCACUGCUCCUCGCUCCAGGGUUGAGAUGGGGUCAAACACCCAUCAACCAGUCCACGCCGUGGGACACGGACGAGCCUCCAGUCAAACAGCACCGAGAGAACGACACCGCGGGACCUCCAUGGGUGCCUCCAGUGGUUGCAGUGAGUCAGCCAAGUCUCCUAGCUCACUCAUACACGCUGCCUCAGCCUCCUGCCUACAGUCAGGGAGCUUCUGUCCAGUCGCCCGUCAUUGGCGUGACCCCUGCCAUCCAGACCCCGAUUCCCCCUCACCACCCACUCAUGAGUGCACACUUCCAAGUUCCUCCACAUUCGUCCCAGCCGCCUGGCAGCCUCGUGCUCAGCCUGCAGAACCAGUCGCCUUACAGCACCAACCAGCCGCCCAUCACCCCUUCGCCCAUGCCAGCUGGAGGACACAGUGUAGUGGGCAACGGGCAUUUGACUCAUCCGCUCAUGCAGCUGCCCGCUCUGCCUUCCGCUGCACUGCAACUGACCAACGGGCAGCCUUCACCCGUCUCAGCCAAUCAGGAGGGCCCGAACGGGCUGCAGAUGCUACGUACUGUCGGCAUGGGGAAGUACGAGUUCACCGAUCCUGGGCAUCCUAAAGAGAUGUUGAAGGAGCUGAACCAGCAACGCAGAGAGAAAGAAUUUACAGACCUGAAAAUUGUAGUUGAAGGCAAAGAGUUUGAAGUCCACCAAAAUGUUCUAGCUUCCUGCAGCUUGUAUUUCAAGGACCUGGUGAAAAGGUCCCUCGGGGAGACGGGGAGUGGAGAGAAGCUGGAGCUGCAGAUGACCAACAUCAGUGCCGACGUACUGGAGAUGCUCCUCGAGUUUGUGUACACCGGCUCCCUCGUCAUCGACUCGGCCAAUGCCAAAACCCUGCUGGAGGCCGCCAACAAAUUCCAGUUCAACACAUUUUGCAAAGUCUGCGUGUCUUUCUUAGAGAAGCAGCUGACAGCAGGGAACUGCCUGGGGGUCCUCGCCAUGGCGGAGGCUAUGUGCUGCACGGAGCUCCACAACAUGGCCAAGGCGUUUGCUCUGCAGAACUUUCCUGACGUCGCAAGCCAGGACGAGAUCCUCAGCAUCUCUAUAGAAGACCUGAUCAGCUACCUGUCCAAUGAUAGCCUCAACACCAAGGCUGAGGAGCUGGUCUACGAGACUGUCAUUAAAUGGAUUAAGAGGGACCCAAGCAACCGAGUACAGCACAUAUCGGAGUUGCUGGCGGUAGUCCGACUGCCGUUUAUUCACCCCAGCUACCUGCUGAACGUGGUGGACAAUGAGGAGCUGAUCAAGUCGUCCGAGGCCUGCCGAGACCUAGUGAACGAGGCUAAGCGCUACCACAUGCUCCCUCAUGCACGCCAGGAGAUGCAGACUCCGCGCACACGGCCAAGACUGUCGGCAGGAGUCGCAGAGGUGAUCGUGUUGGUCGGGGGGCGGCAGGCCAUCGGCAUGAACCAGCGCUCCCUCACUGCGGUCACCUGUUUCAAUCCCCAGAACGGCAAGUGGUAUCCGCUCGCGAGCCUGCCUUUCUACGACCGCGAGUUCUUCAGUGUCAUCUCAGCAGGGGACAACAUUUAUCUGUCAGGUGGAACAGAGUCCGGGGUGACGGUGGCAGACGUGUGGUGCUACAUGUCACUACUGGACAACUGGAACCUGGUGUCACGCAUGACAGUGGCGCGAUGCAGACACAACAGCCUGGUGUAUGACGGGAAACUCUACACUAUCGGAGGACUCGGCAUGGCUGGCAACCUGGAUCACGUUGAAAGGUAUGACACCAUCACCAACCAGUGGGAGACGGUGUCUCCACUGCCCAAACCAGUGCACUCAGCAGCAGCUACAGUUUGUGGAGGGAAGAUCUACGUUUUCGGAGGUGUGAACGAGGCUGGGCGAUCGGCCGGGGUCUUGCAGUCCUACGUACCCCAAACCAACACCUGGAGCUUCAUCGAGUCCCCGAUGAUUGAUAACAAGUACGCCCCCGCUGUGAGCCUCAACGGCUUCAUCUUCAUCCUCGGAGGAGCGUACGCCAGAGCCACCACCAUCUACGACCCGGACAAGGGCAACAUCAAGGCCGGGCCCAACAUGAACCAUUCCCGGCAGUUCUGCAGCGCUGUUGUCUUGGAUGGGAAAAUAUACACCACAGGCGGCAUCGUGAGCAGCGAGGGACCAGCGCUAGGCAACAUGGAGACCUUUGACCCCUGCACUAACACGUGGACUCUCCUGCAGAACCUACCAUGCCCGCUGUUCAGACACGGCUGCGUGGUCAUCAAGAAGUACAUCCAGAGCGGCUGACAACUAGCGCACACUUGUGCGCACACACACACAGCCACACUCCUCAACGUACUGCAGGGAUCCGAGUCGAAGCACUACUCCCCAAACUCCAGCGGCUCUCCUGGGUGGAGUGGAGUGCAACUCCACUGCUCGACAGCUCCACAAUCUGGAAGGGAAGUGUAGAGUAGCGAACCCUCAUUCACGGCUCUCGUGCCAUACGAGUAAUAAGCAAGCAUUCUGACAGCUGACUUAAAAAAAAAAAAAAAAAAAAAAAACACUUUUUUUUUGCCGUAUUUCUUUGAUGUCUUUUCACCCUUCCAAUAACUGUCAUAAGCAGCUUCAUAUUUUCCUUUUUUUUUUUUUUUUUUAAAGAGUGAAUCAAGCUUAUGAGGAGAAACUUAAAUCAAAAGUCAUUGUUUCUGCUACUUGGCUUGUCAGGUCUGUGAGAAAGGAGUCGCUCUAUCGACUCGGAGGAAUUGUGGACGAUAUUCCAAGACAAGGUAAUGUACGAGUUUGACUUGAGGGUGCGACAGCGAGGCCUGGAUCUCUCUACGGGACAGCAUCACGGGUAUAAGGUAGCACCAAAUGUCCCAACUGUAAGACUGAACUGGAUUUUAAAAAAAUUCUCCCGAACACAGCCAAAGCACAAUCUACUUCUGAUUUUGAGAAAGACAUUUGUACAUUUUGUUCCUCCAUUGUAAUCUGAAUCCAGUUAAAACAGGCUCUGAAUGGAGGAGUGUUGGGGGGGCUGAGGGUCCUGUAUCAUAGGGAAGGAAAUAUGUAUAUUUUAAAACUGAAGGUAAUUCUGUAUAAAUGUUUUAAAAAAAACUUCG